UGGCUUUGAAACACUAAUCGAUUUUUAGUAAAUAAAAUAAACAACGCCGGUCGCAUCUCAAUCGCGAAAUUGAAUUCUUAUCAAAACACAAAAGGGAUUUAAAGUUUUUAACUAUCAAAGGUUAGAUUGACUGAAAUAUGGACUCUGCUGUUUUAAGCUCAGGUUCAGGAAUGGCCAAUUACUCUUCCGGCGUAUAUGUUGAUCCAUUCUUAAAGCGACAAAAGAUUGAGGACAUGUCUCCCGAAGAGUUCCUCGUCGUUCCCAUCGCUGAUCUUAAUCAGAGUGGUCCACUGACGGCAGGUCCAGGUGCAAAACGCGACGUUGCUGCUUCAAUUCUGGGCGUUGCACUACCAAAACUUGAACGCCGGGAUCAAGAUGAUAUUGCGAGGGCAAAAAAGUAUGCUAUGGAACAAAGUAUAAAAUAUGUCUUAAUGAAGCAGACGCUAGCUCAUCAACAACAACAGGCCAAAUCUCUUCAGAGACACCAAGCCCUCGUCCUAAUGUGUCGCGUCUACAUUGGUAGUAUUAGUUUCGAGUUGAGGGAGGAUACGAUUCGUCAAGCUUUUGCUCCUUUUGGUCCGAUCAAAACUAUAAAUAUGUCCUGGGAUCCAGUGGCACAGAAGCAUAAAGGAUUCGCCUUUGUGGAAUAUGACCUUCCUGAAGCGGCACAACUGGCGUUGGAGCAAAUGAAUGGGGUUAUGAUUGGUGGACGAAAUAUCAAGUGUGGACGAGAUACAAGGAUAAAGUUUUCGCACAUGGAUCAAGUCAUUGACGAAGUUAUGGAUGAGGCAAGAGAGUACCACCGAAUUUAUAUUGCCUCAAUUCAUCAAGAUUUGACCGAGGAUGAUAUUAAAAGUGUUUUUGAGGCUUUUGGAAAAAUAAAAUCCUGCAAGUUGGCUCCUGGCGCUGCCCCUGGAAAGCAUCGAGGAUAUGGUUUUAUCGAGUACGAGAAUGCCCAAUCAGCAAUGGAAUCUAUUGCUUCCAUGAAUCUUUUUGAUCUUGGUGGGCAGUACCUUCGAGUUGGGAAAGCCAUAACUCCACCGAACGCGUUGCAAGUAGUAGCCCCUGGACAAAAUCAGAUGCCAACCGCAGCCGCCGUGGCAGCGGCUGCGGCUACUGCAAAAAUUCAAGCGAUGGAAGCAGUUACCAAUACUGCUGCGGUUUUGGGACUUACUAAGGAACCUUCAACUCCACCCAUGGCAGUGGCUCCGCCCGCACUCAUUGUUCCGACGAUUAUUCCAACGUUAUCCAACAUGUCGGGUUUGGUCAAUCCACCUCAAUUGGUUACCCCUACACUUGGAAGACUCAGUUCGAUAACUCACGCUCCCAAAUUGUCAUCAGUUCCUCCACCUGGAAUUGUAUUGCCACCCCCAGGUUUGGUUACACCGGGGACAAGUAGUGCUUCCGGAUUUGGACCAGCGGUUCAAAUACCUCCCCCUAGCAUUGCCGUCCCCACAGCAAUCGGAGGAAUGCAGGUGGGAAAGGCAGCAGCACUAGCUGCAACUACAGCGGCCGCCGUUGCAGCAAAUGCAGCAGUUAAAGAAGAUAUUAUGAAGAAAUUGACAGAAGUUGAGAGUGAAAAUACCAGCUUGUCGUCACAAGAAAACAUGUCAAUUAGAGGUCAAAGUGCGAGACACAUUGUAAUGCAAAAACUCAUGAGGGAUGAAAGCUCUCCUGUUAUUGUCCUCAAGAAUAUGGUAACUCCAGAAGACGUUGAUGAAACAUUGCAGGAUGAAAUUACAGAAGAAUGUCAAAAUUAUGGGACUGUAAAUCGUGUCAUAAUUUACCAAGAAAAGCAGUCUGAUGAAGAAGAUGCUCCAGUGAUUGUGAAAAUAUUUGUAGAAUUUACAUCCCCCGUUGAAGCAGACAGAGCUAAAGCAUCGCUUCAUAAUAGAUUUUUUGCCGGUCGUAAAGUCAUCUGUGACAUUUAUGAUUUAGUCCUGUAUCGAAAUGAAGAUUUGUCCGGGUGAACAGCAUGAGUGACUGAAAUUAUUGUAUGUAUGUGUGUACUUAUAUGUAGCUAUUUAAUAGAUAUAUUUUAUACUUGUACGUAAUAUUGAGACAGUUUUAAUUUGUAUUCCCUAUACCGCUGGAAGUAGUUUAAAAUAAAAAUUAAUCACAAAUUCAUUACUA